GGGAAUGAGCGUGAGCGUCAGUAGAGGUAGCGGUACCGAGCAAUCUGGUACCGGUACCGUGCCGUUUAGCUGUUAACGUUAGCACCGGUACCUUGUACUGAUACCUGCUCACCCCUAAACUGCAGACUGCAACAUCAUUCAUUGUACAUCAAAAAGCAACUCUGGUGGUGACGGUAGGGACGCAACGAUGUACUUCGCGGCUGAGGGCGCGCGCUGGUCGGCGGUGGGCCUGCGGUGGGUGUGGUGCAGGACCCGCCGCGUCGCCGUGGCCGCCGUGGUGGUGGCGGCGGCCGUCAAGGUGCAUCAGUACUGGCAGCGGCAGCAGAGGAGGAAGCGAUGGGCGGAGGCAGGGAAGGACGUGGUGGUGCUGCACACGUUUCCCCGGGGGGCCGCCUGCCCCAACCUGUCUCCCUUCGUGCUCAAGCUGGAGACGUACUUGAGGAUGGCUGAAAUCAAGUACGAGGUGGACUACGAGGAGCCAUUUGGCUCCAAAGGCAAGUGCCCGUGGAUCACCCUGAACGGCGAGGACUUGGCGGACUCCCAGUUCAUCAUGGACUACCUAGGGACCAAGUUCGCCAAGGACCUGAGCGCCCACCUGAGCGGCGAGGAGAAGGCGGUGGCGCACGCCUUCAGGAACACGCUGGAGAGCAACUUCUUCUGGGCCUUGGUGCACUGGCUCUUCGUGGUCGACAAGGGCCGGGCGCUGGUCAGAGAGAUGCAGUUGCCCUUCAUAUUCAGGUUUGCAGUGAGGGCGAUUACUAGCAAGACAAAGAAAGCGUUGUGGCAGCAGGGGAUGGGCCGCCACACCAGCACGGAGAUAGAACACACAGGCAGACAGGACCUCGCUGCUCUCUCUGCCUACCUGGGCGAGAAGGAUUACCUCAUGGGCGAGAAGCCGACUGAGGUGGACUGCACGGUAUUCGGAUUCUUGUGUCAGGUGAUGUACUGCUGUCGCGGGUCGCCCUACCUCAGGAUGCUGGAGAGUGACUUCCCCAACCUGCGGGCGUACGUCCUGCGUGUUCGGGACAAGUUCUGGCCGGACUGGAACGCCUGUCUCGACCCGCCCCAGCCAGUGCCCUGACAUCCAUGGUCCUGCCUCUCCCUUCCUUCUCCUCCUCCUGUUGAACCGAUUGUCUGUGAAAAGGACAAUACUUCUCCACUUUCUUCCCCUUCUCUCUUAAUUGUCCUUAAUUACUUAAUAUGAACUGUAAUAUCCCUUUAUCUAUUUAUCUUCUUAUGUUUCUAUGAGGCAUAAACAUUGUCAUUUUCCAUGCACAUCUAAAAUUAUUGUGCUGUAAACUAUUGUCCAUAUUCCUGCACUGUUUUGAAGCUGUGUAUAUUGUUUUGAAGCUGUAUAUUUUCUCUACCGAAAUAAAUAGUUCACCUGGUUGCCUACUGGGGCCUACCACAGGGAAGGAGA